ACCCCUUACUGUGGGCGGGGCUUCAACGUGUUGCAGGAUAUACUUUACAUUACUAGCAUUGUGCUGCUUCUAAUCUCAUGACAACAUUUUUUAAAAGGUGACAGCAGCUAACAGUGUGAAAUCAACAGUAAAUAGUGCCUUUUGCCUUCUAACUCUGCAGCUUUUACGCAAUACACGUGUCCGAUUAAAUCUGCUCGUGCACGGUUAAAGUCCAGUUGAGUCAGUUCCAAAAAGUUGCUCAGAAACCCAAAUUCUGGUCAAUAUUUACAGAGGCAGGUUAGAGAUUAACUCAGCUCGCUGCAGCAGCUGCUCACAGUCCCAGUUGCUCUCAGGUCAGUGUCUGCCUCAACAUGCAGUGUGUCCGGGUGCUGAGAGAGCUGAGGCCGCUGUGCAGAGCUCAGCUGUCCGCGUGGACCGGGACCAGAACCGGAACCAGAACCCAGAGCCAGGCAGCCGGGACCAGGCUGGACCUGAGCGGGAUCUAUCCGCCCAUUGCGACCCCUUUCACCGCAGAGGAGGAGGUGGACUACCCGAGGCUGGAGGGGAACCUGCAGAAGUAUGCACAGAUCCCGUUCAGAGGUCAGACCCGGGACAUGUCCCCACUCCCCAACACUCUUUCGAAUGGCUGGUUUUGUCCUUUUGCUUCAUUACUUUGUUUAAAGUCUUUUCAAAUAGCUUGCAGCCAAGACAUGUUAACCAACCAAUCAAAAAAGAAACUGUACAAGUAUCAGAGAGCAAAAAUAACAGAGAAAACCACUAGAGCCACGGUGCAGCUCACAGAGAAGAUGGCGGCUGCCGGAGCUGACGUUGUGCUGGUUGUAACGCCGUGUUUCUACAAGGGGAAGAUGGACAGCCGCGCUCUGAUCCAACACUUCACUAAGAUCUCAAGGAUCGGCCUGAUUGUUCACAAAACCAAAUCGCAGGAUUUCCAGGUGCUGGCGGGCUCAGCAGGGUUCCUCAUGGCCGCCUAUUGUGUCGGUAAGAAGCUAAAUGAGGACUAACGGAGCUGUUGAUCCUCACAGGGAGGAGAUGGUAGCCUUCCUCACUGUUUGUUUCCUUUUGAUCUCUUUUGACUCUGUUGUCUUUGUAUAUCUUUCAUUUCGA